CGCUGGGAUCCCCGGAGCGCCCCGGGUCCCCGGUCGCCGUGGCGAUGAAGAUGGUGAACAGCAGCAGGAGCGGCGAUAAGAACGGGUUCUCCUUCAAGAAGUGCUCAGCCUUCCAGUUCGUCAAGAGGAAGGUGCGUCGGUGGAUACGGAACCCCAAGGUGAACAUGGAGAAGGGGCAGGGCCAGGCCUUCCUCUACCCCAACCCCAAACGGCCCAUGGACCAGGACCUGUGGUACACCCAGCUGCCCCCCUACGGCUGCUGCCACCUGGGGCACGGCUACUACCUGCAGGAUGACCCCCCCUGUGGGGCCGAGAAGCCCAAGAGCUGCAAGGUGAGGAAGUGGAAGAUGCUGAGCCGUCACCACGGCGACAGUAAGCAGAAGGCCGGUUGCCGGGAGCAGGAGCAGGAGGGGGUGUGUCCCUGGUCGCUGAGGGCCACGCCCCUCCUGGCCACGCCCGUGAUGCUGGAGUGCUGCGUCUGCAGCGGCCCCUUCGUCAGCUACGCCAUGGAGGAGGUGUGGCAGCCCCGGGAACGCACGCAGGCGAUGGAUCUGUACUACCCGGCCGCUCCGGAGGCCAGCUACUGCGGCUCUGAUGACUCAGCUUUUAUGAAACAGAGGAGAAUGGGAUUAAACGAUUUCAUUCAGAAGCUGGCCACAAACUCGUACGCCUGUAAGCACCCUGAAGUGCAGUCUAUUUUGAGUAUGAACCCACCCCAAGAACCAGAGCUGAUGAACGAAAACCCUUCCCCGCCGCCCAGCCCGUCCCAGCAGAUCAACCUGGGCCCGUCCUCCAACCCCACCGCCAAGCCCUCCGACUUCAACUUCCUCAAGGUCAUCGGCAAGGGCAGCUUCGGCAAGGUGCUGCUCGCCCGGCACCGGAGCGACGACAAGUUCUACGCCGUCAAGGUGCUGCAGAAGAAGGCCAUCCUGAAGAAGAAGGAGGAGAAGCACAUCAUGUCGGAGAGGAACGUGCUCCUGAAGAACGUGAAGCACCCGUUCCUGGUGGGACUCCACUACUCCUUCCAGACCACGGACAAGCUCUACUUUGUCCUGGACUACAUCAACGGAGGAGAGAUGUUCUACCACCUGCAGCGGGAACGCUGCUUCCUGGAGCCGCGGGCGCGCUUCUACGCGGCGGAGAUUGCCAGCGCGCUGGGCUACCUGCACUCGCUCAACAUCGUGUACCGGGACCUGAAGCCCGAGAACAUCCUGCUGGACUCCCAGGGCCACGUCGUCCUCACCGACUUCGGCCUCUGCAAGGAGAACAUCGAGCCCAACGGGACCACCUCCACCUUCUGCGGCACGCCUGAGUACUUGGCGCCCGAGGUUUUGCACAAGCAGCCCUACGACCGGACGGUGGACUGGUGGUGUCUGGGAGCCGUGCUCUACGAGACGCUGUACGGACUGCCUCCGUUCUACAGUCGAAACACAGCCGAGAUGUACGACAACAUCCUGAACAAGCCCCUGCAGCUGAAGCCCAACAUCUCCAACGCGGCGCGGAACCUUCUAGAAGGGCUGCUGCAGAAGGACCGCACCAAGAGGCUGGGCCACAACGACGACUUCACUGAGAUCAAGAACCACAUGUUCUUCCCGAUCAACUGGGAAGACCUCAACGCCAAGAAGAUCACACCCCCCUUCAACCCCAACGUGACGGGUCCGAACGACCUGCGGCACUUUGACCCGGAGUUCACGGACGAGCCGGUCCCCGGGUCCAUCGGCUGCUCCCCGGACAGCACCCUGGUGACGGCCAGCUUCAAAGAGGCGGCCGAGGCCUUCCUGGGCUUCUCCUACGCCCCCUCCAUGGACUCCUACUUAUAGCUCGCUCACAAAAAAAAAACUCAGAACAUGAACACUGUAGUGAACGGACUUGCCUGUAGCUCUUCUCUUAAAGUCUCGGCGGAAUGGGAACUAUUUGCACAUUGAUGUCAGGCAGCUUUUAGUUUUUUGGGGGUUUUUUUGGGGGGGGGGGGGGG